UGGUGAUCCUUCCUUAACUAUUUCAUUUUGGGUUUUUUAUUAAAUUCAGGCAUAUUCACGGGCACCAAGCGGUGUCUCGCUGCUACGUCACCAAUUUCAGCAAAUGCCAGGGAACAGCGUGGAAUCGAUGCAUUGUAGUGGUAGCUGAGUUUCAUACGAAACAGGCAACGAUGGGGGAUUCUCUGCGUGCAAUCUUUCUCUUCGUGAUCAUUUCUCUCCUCCACAUCCACUGCCAAGGGGCUAGGCAAACACAGGAUCUCAAAUGUGGAGCAUGUAGGGCUCUUGUGGAUGAAAUGGAGACGGCAAUCUCUCAAGUUGAUCCCAGGAAAAUGAUCCAGACUGGAUCCUUCAGGAUCAACCCUGAUGGCAGUCAGUCUAUACGUGAGGUUCCUUUUGCUCGCUCUGAAGGGCAUCUUUUGGAGCUCAUGGAGGUCAUCUGCGAGAAGAUGAAUGAGUAUGGGGAGCGGGUGGACCCCACGUCUAGCCGCAAGACCUACAUGAGAAUUACUUCACGAGACGGCAAAGCCAUGGACCUCUCAGAUGGAGCCCUGGACUCCAGAGUCUCGGCCAAAUUAAAGUUUGCUUGUGAAACGAUUGCUGAACAAUAUGAAGAUGAACUCAUCGAAUUCUUUGCUCAUGAGAUGGACAAUGUGAAAGACAAACUGUGCAGUAAGCGAACAGAUCUUUGUGACCAUGCUUUGAAAAUGCACCAUGACGAGCUAUAACAUCAAGCCUCUACUGAGAUCUCAUCCUGUUGAUUCAAAACAUCAGACUCAUCAGUUAGAAGUGGGCUAUAAUCAUCAUACGUUUAGUUUUUUUCCCCCUCUGUAAUUAAUCAUUUAUGUGAAACAGGUGUACAUAUACCCUAAUCAAAUCAUCAUUUGUCCUGGAUUCAUGUACUGUAAAAUAAUUCCUGGACACAACAGGGAUUUCUUAGUCUACUUAAGUUCCUAAAUUAAGACUUAAGUUCAGGUGUUCUUUAUGUUUAUUCUGAAAAUGUGGUAUUUUGUACAGUACAUCUUUUGAAAAUCAACACAGUUAGCUUAAGGACCAGGAUCAGUUUUAUAUAUUACUGUAGGAUUUAAAUUUUACAUUGUAACUACAGGUCUGUUCAUUGGAGAAAUGUAAAAUUGACUUCUUUUGUACUACAUUUUGAUGUACCUCAAAAAUGUUUUCCAUCUUAAGCCCUGUCUUAGUUACAUGAUACGUUGAGAUAAUAUGUUUUUUAAGAAAAAUAAGUACUUUCCUGUAUGUCUGUCUUUGAGAAUAUAUAUGUUUCUAGACAA